GUCCUUGUCCCUUGUUCAUGCAGUGAGCCACACCUCUUUUUGUUCGUUUCUUGUUUGCCCUCAACUUGGAUUCAGACAAGACACACUGCUUAUGCAUGAGCCCCGGAAUAUUAUGUGAUGGCUCACAGUGUCUGUCUGUGAAUAGCUAUAAAGACCAAAGCCAUGUAUUGUACGGAAUAGGACGGUGGCUUUCUGCUAGUACAGUGUAGGCGUUUGCCCAAAGAGAGAGAGAGAGAGAGAAUGACAAGACUCCAAUCUCUCUUCCUCUCUCUCUCGCUACUGUAUGUGCUAGGUUCGGUGAAUUGCCAUCUUGUUGGGGGUCAGCCGCCAGUCUGCAUCAAGAUAAGCCCCAGGCCUGGAUAUGCUCUGCACAUGUACGAGUACUCGGUAUGGCUUCCGUGCCUGAGGGUGAUCGUGGCUGAGCAACUUCAGCUCGAUUUCCGUUCAACAAUGAAACGCCAGUUGAGCCUCAUUCAAGAUGCGAUACACCCACGCAUACGUCCGCUGCAUCAUCCCUUUGUGAAAGCCCUUUCCCCCCUUGCGUGGCGGACGAAAGCUCGUGGAACAGCGAACCAAAGUCUCACAAUCCACCGGUGAGCUGCCCAUUCACCACAGCUAAACCACAUACGGCACUUUUUGCGUAUGCAUUUACAAUGC